AUGAAACAGUUCAUCCUGUCACUUCUCGAUGAAAAUAUUGUUUUAGCGGUUGUACUCUUAGCGUUAUCUGGUGUGGUUGGUCUUACGCUGCUUGUUCUGGGAUGUGCAUUGCCAAUGUUUGGUAUUUGGUGGCCAUUGUUUGUCGUAAUUUUCUAUGUAUUGGCUCCAAUACCGUUAUCAAUAGCUCGGCGAUCUCACGUUGACAUGACUGGUACUUCAGCAUGUAUUGAGUUUGCAUUGUUCAUAACAACCGGCAUUGUUGUAUCAGCGUUUGCAUUACCGAUGGUUCUUGCACAUGCUGGAGUGAUUAAAUGGUUGGCAUGUUUAUGCGCAAAUCUUGGUUCUUUGGUGAUGUUUUUGACGAUUCUUAGUUAUUUUUAUUUACAUCGGGAAGACGAUGGUAGUGGAUGGAACCAAACACUCUUUUGA